CGUCCUCCCGCCUCUCCCUUGCCACGAAUCUCGUACUCCUUCCCCUCCCCACUCAACGUUCCUUCUGCCGUCGUCAACGAUCAAAUACUACAUCAUGCCCGCCACACAAAAGGAAAUGCAGGAUGCUCGUCUGCCUCUCGGCUACCGCGAUUUCUGCGCAGACCUGCUGAUCCCCCUGAACAAGUGCCGAUCGGAAACGUACUAUCUCCCAUGGAAGUGCCAAGAUGAGCGCCACAUCUAUGAAAAGUGCCAAUACGAUGAUUACAUCCGUAGAAUGAAAGCCGCGGAGCAAAAGAAGCUCGAGGCUGCCGAUGCAUAAAUACGAUCUUCUUCCUUAAACCAUCUCUGUCGCCGGACCAAAAUAUUAUCACCAUUCACGUAAUAAAAUUACCUGCAACAACUCA